AUGUAUACACGGUAUAGAUCCAACUUGCCUAAUCGGGAAUGCUCUUUCCUGAACUCGAACUUGUCCUUGUCCCCUUCCUGUUCAUCGCCUCCUUCGUCUUCUCUUAUGCCCCCUUCUCACCAAUUGCUUCAUGUUUACCAUCUAGUCAGAUCUGCAAACCCUUCAUGUAAACUUACUUGGUCUCCAAGCCCGUUUACACUCAUCUUUCAAAGCCAUCGUGCCUUUUUCUUGUCUGUCUCAGUCUUUGUUCUUGAAUCUCUGCCAGUUGAAGAUAUGUCUACCCUAAGCGGGCCUCCAACAGUUGGUCGCAUGGGAAAAGCUGCACGGUUUAUCCCCAAUGAUGGCAUGGAUGUACGAAAUCUAUCUUUUGGACAGGAGUCGUCGGGUCUUACAAGUUCGACAACCCAUUACCACCUCUCCGAGGCGGAGGCUACUCAGCAAGGAAGCCGACAGGUCAUGUCUACGGAGGGAUCGGAGCAUUCAUCAAGCAAGGUGUGCACUCCCAUUGACAGUCACCCUGGGGGGCUUGCCUUCUCACAAUCCCAGAAGCAGAAGCUAGAUCAUAUCAAAAUUGAGCCUUCAUCAGAUAUCGAAAAAAUAUUGGCAAAACUUGCCCCUCAGUCAAUUCCCCUUCGGUCCGAAACCGAUCGAUCUUCUGUUUCGUCGCAGAUCACGUCGGUCAACCCACACACAUCUUCAGAACUCCCCAAAGCGACUCAGCCUGGUGCCCACGAGGACAAAACAGGAGAGUUGCUGCGACUCCAACAAGAAUUGCUCGCUGCAAAAUCGAAGAUCGCCCUACAAGAACAAGAGCUUGCCCAGACCCGGGUCAUCAAACACACCCUAGACCAAGCCCUCGGUACUCCGUCAGAGGUAGAGAUCGGAAGUCGUGAAUUCACAGAUCAGACCAUCAGCCAUUUACAAAAUGCCUUCAAUGCCUCAAACUCGGCUUUCAAUCAACUCCAAGAGGCCUGGAAUGCUCAUGACGAUUCGCGAUCUGAUAGCUCAGACCAAUUGCCUUCCGGCGUCUCCAACAAGUCUCGUGGGCUCUGGGUCCACCACGAGCCAUCUGUGGACCGAGAAUAUAGAGGAUCUCCGGGUACCGGCAGCUCUGCGGUUCUGAACGCCCAUCGAUACUGGGGACUUUCCAAUUCAUACCAGUCUUUGACUGGACAGCCUUCUGUACAGCCUCAAAGGGUAUUUUCGGGGCCAUCAACCAGUCCAUGUGGGUUCUACCCACGCCCUGUUGGGGAGCAAAUGCGAUACACACCCGGCUCGGUCCCCGCAGCUCGUCCUUCGAUGGACCAGAGCCACCGAGCUGGGUCCCUUAUCUCAAUCCAACCUACUCCAUGGGGUGAACUGGCUUCGGGGCCAUCUGGCGAGCAAACCCUCCACCCGCCUGCAUCACCCAUGAAGAGGCCACCAAGUAUCUUUCAACAGACUGGAGCAUACCCUGUUCCCGCUUACCUACCCCGGCCAAUUGGGAGUCCACUUUCACCAACUGCCACUGAAUUCACCGGCUCAAACACAAACGAAGGCACAUGGAAUCCCUCGAUUGGCUCCUCGCAAACCUACAUGUCAACACUCGAGCCGAUGAAUUAUCGGCGGUUACUUGACAAGAACAUGUCGUGUGAUUGGAAGUACAUUGUGGACAAAAUAGUUUGCAACAAUGAUCAGCAAGCCUCGAUCUUCCUACAACAAAAGCUCAAAGUGGGAACCUCGGAGCAAAAGUACGACAUCAUUGAGGCAAUUGUGCAUCAAGCGUAUUCACUCAUGGUCAAUCGAUUCGGAAACUUCCUCGUACAGCGUUGCUUUGAACAUGGAACGCCGGAUCAAGUUGUUGCCAUCGCAAAUGCCAUCAGAGGCAACACGCUGAGCCUGAGCAUGGACCCGUUUGGUUGCCAUGUUAUCCAAAAGGCGUUCGACUGCGUUCCAGAGGAACACAAGGCUGUCAUGGUUCACGAGCUUCUCCGCCGAAUCCCAGAGACGGUAGUUCACCGGUAUGCAUGCCAUGUUUGGCAGAAACUCUUUGAACUUCGCUGGAGUGGUGAUCCGCCCCAGAUCAUGACCCAAGUCAACGAGGCACUCCACGGAAUGUGGGAUGAGGUCGCUUUGGGUGAAACCGGGAGCUUGGUGGUUCAAAAUAUCUUUGAAAACUGUGUUGAGGGGGAAAAGCGGCCGGCCAUUGAAGAGGUGAUUGCGAAAAUCGACGUGCUCGCUCAUGGUCAGUUCGGGAACUGGUGUAUUCAGCACAUCUGCGAACACGGUGCACCCCAUGACAAGAAUCGUGCUGUUGAACAUGUAGUCCACCGAGCUGUGGACUACAGUGUAGAUCAGUUCGCUUCCAAGAUUGUGGAAAAAUGUCUCAAGAUUGGUGGUACAAACUUCAUGGACCGUUAUCUUGAUCGUGUCUGCACCGGCCGCUCUGACCGACCUCGUAUGCCCUUGAUCGAUAUUGCGGGAGAUCAGUAUGGCAAUUAUCUGAUCCAAUGGAUUCUGAUGAAUGCUGAGACGCAUCAACGAGAUCUUGUGGCCGGUCACAUUCGGAAACACAUGGUCUCUCUUCGUGGCUCCAAAUUUGGCUCACGGGUGGCGAUGCUUUGCUGCAACCCGUCUCAUGCUACGCGUCCCGGUCCCGGUGCUGGGAUGCCAAUUGGCCGGUACAACAACUUCAACGAUGAAAAGUUCCCUACUGCAAAUUCAUCUGGUCGAUAUAGCCGUGGGGGUGCAUGGCCACCCAGCUAUGGACCAUCCCGUUGA